AUGCGGACCCAAAAUCUUUUCGCUAUAUUUUUUGCCCCCGGCAUUAUUGCCGGCUGGAGGGAUGCGAGCUAUAUCCCGAAAAAUAAAAAGCUCGAACAUCGUUAUCCUGAACGUUUUCCUUGGCCCAAAUUGCUUGAUUAUUAUGAAGCCUGGCCACGUAUAUGGUAUCAUUAUGAUGAUAUUAAAAUCUGGGUCGACGACCGGAAAAGGGUUCACGUUAGGGAUAGUACAAGAUUUAAUUCGUUUAAGGAAUGUGAAAGGCAUUGUAUGAAAUAUAGCGUUGUGUAUCACACACCCAUCGAUAAGCCAACCGCUGCUGAUUGCAAGAAACUUUGCCAGGAAAACUGGAAAUCCGUCGGAAAUUACUUGGCCUUCUAG